AAGUUCUGUGUUCUUGUCCAAAUGAGAGCCGUCUCCAAGUUCAAACUCAAACCAUGGCCUCCGCCUCCACCCUCACCCUCCCGUCCUUGCUCUCACACCGCCGCCGUCGCAGAAUCACACUCUCUGAUCCAACAUUUCGCUCAAUUCUGCUACCAGCGAGACCUCCCCAGAGCCAUGACAGCCAUGGAAGCUAUGCAAAGACGCGGACUUUGGGCCGACUACGUCGUCUACUCCGAGCUCAUCAAAUGCUGCAUGGCCCGUCGAGCCAUUCAACCAGGCAGGCUCGUCCACAAGCACGUCUUCUCCAAUGGGCGCCACCCACAGACCUUCUUGGUCAACAUUCUGGUCAACAUGUAUGUCAAGUUUUCUCUUUUGGAAGAAGCACAGAAGCUGUUCGAUGAAAUGCCUGAGAGGAAUGUGAUUUCCUGGACCACGAUGAUUUCGGCUUACUGCCGUGCCAAGAUGAACAGCAAGGCGUUGGAGGCUUUGGUUAUGAUGGUUAGGGAAGGUGUGUGGCCGAAUAGCUUCACGUACUCUUCGGUUCUGAGGGCCUGCGAGGGCUUGGGGAGUCUCGAGCAGCUGCAUUGUAGUAUUGUGAAAGCUGGGUUGGAGUCUGAUGUGUUUGUUCGGAGUGCGUUGAUUGAUGUGUACUCGAAAUUGGGUGACUUGGGGAAUGCGGUGGGUGUUUUCGAUGAGAUGGUGACUGGGGAUGCGGUUGUUUGGAGCUCUAUUAUUGGCGCGUUUGCGCAGAAUAGUGAUGGCUAUGAAGCGCUGGAGCUUUUCAAGAGGAUGAAGAGGGCGGGGUUUGGAGCUGAAGAGGCGACGCUGACGAGUGUUUUGAGAGCAUGCACGGUGUUGGCGCUUUUGGAAUUGGGGAGACAGGUUCAUGUUCAUGCCGUGAAGUAUGGUCCGGAUUUGAUUCUGAACAAUGCGCUUCUGGAUAUGUAUUGCAAGUGUGGCAGUUUGGAAGAUGCUAAGGCUGUUUUUACGAAGAUGGUGGAGAAGGAUGUUAUCUCUUGGAGCACGAUGAUUGCAGGGUUGGCACAAAAUGGUUUCAGCAAAGAGGCGCUGCAGUUGUUUGAGGAGAUGAAGGUUUCGGGGACUAAACCAAACUACAUCACAGUUGUUGGGGUUCUGUUUUCUUGUAGUCAUGCCGGGCUUUUAGAAGAGGGGUGGUACUACUUCCAGAAUAUGAAGGAGCUCUUUGGGAUUGAUCCUGGGAGAGAGCACUAUGGUUGUGUGAUUGAUCUUCUUGGAAGGGCUGGGAAGCUUGAUGAGGCCGCAAGAUUGAUUCAAGAAAUGAAAUGUGAACCAGAUGCAGUGACAUGGAGGACUUUGCUCGGUGCUUGCAGAGUUCAUAGGAAUGUUGAUCUUGCUACACAUGCUGCCAAACAAGUUCUGAGAAUGGACCCUGAUGAUGCCGGAACUUAUAUCUUAUUAUCCAAUCUAUAUGCAAUAUCACAGAGAUGGGAUGAUGUUGCAGAAGUUAGGAAGAGUAUGAGAGCCAGAGGAAUUACUAAAGAACCAGGGCGCAGUUGGAUUGAAGUGAACAAACAGAUACAUGCUUUUAUUAUGGGAGAUGACUCGCACCCACAAAUAGAUGAGAUCAACAAGCAACUAAGCAUGUUGAUUGAUAAACUCGUGGGAAUAGGUUAUGUUCCUGAUACAAAUUUUGUUUUGCAAGAUCUUGAGGGAGAACAGAGGGAAGCUUCACUUCAAUCGCACAGCGAGAGAUUGGCGAUUGCAUUUGGUUUAAUGAACUUGCCCAAGGGAAUGACAAUUAGGGUCAGGAAAAACCUCAGGAUCUGUGGAGACUGUCAUGUAUUCGCAAAAUUUGUAGCAAAGUUGGAGCAGAGAACUAUUGUGAUACGAGAUCCAAUUCGGUACCACCAUUUUCAAGAUGGAGAAUGUUCCUGUGGAGAUUAUUGGUAGAAUCGUGACCCCCUAUAUCAGUUGAAGGUGGGGUGGAGAGUAGCCACCUAUCAAAGAUGGUGCUCAAAUGGACUUAUCAAACUUCUGACAUGAGAUUGGAGCUGAUAUAUGCAAUGCCAAGUAUGACGGCAUUCAGACCUUAUUAGCAGAUAAAUCCAGCGCACUGGCAAUCCAGCACCUAUGAGCUGCAGAUCUUGGAUGAGCAUGAGUUGUUCUUCAGUCCUAGAUUGCGUUGAGAUGUCUGAAAUCAGCUGCAGAAGGUUGUUCAUUAGUGAACAUAAAAUGGUGGGAGAUCAUAACUGUUUUUCGUUUUUUCUGAAUGGUAACUGCUCUUCUUAUGGUUGCCUCAAAUUUGAAGUACCAAUCAUGUAACUUAUUCAAGAGAAUUCUUGUGAUCAAGUGCAAAAAGGUGAUAAUGAAUGCCAUUUUUCUGUCAUGAGUGAAUUGCUAAUAGUAACUGAUGCAUUAUGGUCUAUGGAUUUAUGGGGCAGACCAUCAAAGCAUAGCAGAAACCAAAAUA